GAGGUAAAGGCUUCUCCAAAACGUAGUUCCAAAGAAGAACAAUUUAACUUGCACAUAGAGACUAUUCCAAUUGGAAGAAACUUGGGAGGAAACAGAGAGCUCUAAAAAUGGCAUUUUUUCAUUUGGGGUUGUUCUUUAUACUGUUCUUGCUUCAGCCUUAUCUUCUCCCUGCGCGCUACAUGAUAGCAGAUUUCAACCAAGGAAAAGAUUUUAUGGGCCAGAGAAUCCCAAAUCAUAAUCAAAUAGCAGCGGUGAAUAGGCGAGGAGGAGGAGGAGGUGGUGGCCAUGGGGGAGGAGGUGGCCAUGGGGGUGGAGGUGGCCAUGGGGGUGGAGGUGGGGGUGGGAGGGGAGGUGGCCAUGGGAGUGGUGAGGGAACAGGAAAGGAAAAUGGCAGACAAACUAAUCCUGCGGCCGUUGUGAUUCCAGUAGUAGCUGGAGCAUCCACCGUCAAUCGUCACCACCACGGGGCAACUGGAAAGAGCAGUACCCUCAACCGCCCCAGUACUCUCAGUUACUUUCUCUUGACUGUAUGGGUCUCUCUCCUUCUUUCCCGAAUGUAGAUUCUGACUCUCAUUAAGCGUUUGAGUUACUUCGCUUUUUCUUUUUCAUUUUGCAAAAGAGUGUUUUAAAUGGUAGAUUUAUAUAUUAAAAAUACAAUUUAUAU